AUGAAUAUUGUAACAUCCUAUUUCUUAGUAAAACGUGUGGCUGGCAGUAUGUUUAUUGGUGAAGCCUCACUUCGUCACCGUACGGUGCGGCAACAGGAGUAUCUUGAGUGUAUUCGCCGUAAUGCCGAACACAGAGAAGUGGAAUCGUUGCAUAUUCUCAUUGAAGGCCAACAGGCAUAUGAUCACUUCCGCGAUCACGUUAUGCAGAAUAACAAUUUCUUUCCAUCUCCCACACUACGACGUAAAAUCAUACCGGUGUUGUGGCCCGAGAAACAACCCACAUAUGCUGAUAUGUUCCAACAUGCCAAUCGACUACUGCGGGGUAAAUUAACAAUGAUAUGUAAUGCUGAUGUGUAUCUCUCAUUAGAUGGUGCCUCUGUCUCUUCCCUGCAGCCGUUAUUUACAUCAUUACAUACAUCCCAUCGUGUGGCUCUGGCAUUAACACGGUAUGAGAGUGAGAAGCGAUGGGAUGCUCCUCUCAUUUAUGAUUAUCGUGGCUCGCAUGAUGCCUUUAUUCUCUCUCCACCACUCCCGCAUUCCUUUAUUGAAAGUGUACAACACCCGCAGAACUGUUAUAAGGCGGAGAAUGUCGUCCUUCACGAGCUGCAGCGGCACGGCUACAAAGUAGUGAAUCCGUGUUUGAGCUUUAUGUUAAUACAUAAACAUGAGGCGGAAUUGCGACAGUGGCUGCCGCCAGUGGAUGAGGAACGAUAUGCCAAAGCCCCACCAUGUACAAUUAAAGAGGCAAUAGAUAUGAUAAAAAAAAAAAAACUGGGGAAAUGA